CUCCACGCAGUAAGAUGAAGAGACUGCUUAUUCUAACUGCAUGUUUUGCAGCCGUCUUUGGCAAAGUGACUUUUGAGGGACAUCAGGUUCUUCGGAUCACUGCAAAAAAUGCAGCACAGAUCAUUCUCCUCAAAGAGCUCUCUGGGCAGGAGGAUUUUGGGCUGGACUUUUGGAUGGAGCCCGUUCAUGAGUCUCUUCCCGUUGAUGUCCGUGUCCCAUUCGACCGUCUCCAGGCUGUCAGGGCUUUCCUGGCAUUCAAUAACAUCCAGUAUCGUGUCAUGAUCGAGGAUGUCCAGGAUUUGGUGAAUGAGGAGCGACGUUGGAUGGUAAAAGAUCGUGCUGUUAGUACUGAUGACUUUAACUACAACAACUACCAUGACUUGGAAUCUAUUUACUCAUUCAUGGAUAUGCUAGUGGACGAAAACAAACGUUUUGUUAGCAAAAUUGUGAUUGGUCAGAGCUAUGAGGGCCGCCCUUUGAAUGUCCUGAAGUUCAGCACUGGAGCAAACCGUCUUGGUAUCUGGAUUGACACUGGCAUCCACGCCAGAGAAUGGGUCACACAGGCCAGUGGAAUCUGGUUUGCCAAGAAGAUAGUGAAGGAUUACAACAAUGACAGGACUCUCAAAGCCAUCCUUGAGAAGUAUGACAUCUUCUUGGAGAUUGUCGUAAACCCUGAUGGCUACAAGUUCACCCACACCACUAACCGCAUGUGGCGUAAAACCAGAAAGCCAAACCCCGGCUCCAGCUGUGUUGGAGUUGACGCCAACAGGAACUGGGAUGCUGGUUUUGGAGGGCCUGGUUCUAGUAACAAUCCCUGUUAUGAGACCUAUCAUGGACCCAGCGCUCAUUCAGAGCCAGAGGUCAAAGCCAUCGUAGACUUCGUGAAAACUCACGGCAACCUCAAGGCUUUUGUGUCCAUUCACAGCUAUUCCCAAAUGCUCCUCUACCCAUAUGGAUACAAGUCCACUCGUGCCAAGGACAAGGCAGAACUGGACAAAGUCGCAAGAAAGGCUACCACUGCACUGCGGUCUUUGUAUAACACUCAAUACACUUACGGCAGCAUCAUUAAAGUCAUCUACCAAGCCAGUGGAGGUACUAUUGACUGGACCUACGACCAGGGCAUCAAGUACUCCUACACCUUUGAGCUAAGAGACACCGGUCGCUAUGGUUUCAUUCUGCCUGCAGAUCAGAUCAUCCCCACUGCUGAGGAGACAUGGCUCGCUCUAAUGGCCAUUAUGAAAUAUACCAAGAACCAUCCAUAUUAAACUAUAUGUUAAUAGUGAAUAAAAGUGCAUAAGUAAAAAAAAUGUUUUGUCAUUUUCUGUCUUUUUCCACAUUUUAGUUGCAGAUUAUUAUAGUCUGACCUUCAAGACGUU